CUAGAUUAAAUGCUUAAGCUCAGCAGUUAGAAAGAAAACGAUGAUCGAAGCUGCAAGCAUUAAAAAUUUCAUACAUUACUCAAUGGAAGAUAUCUCUGCUUGAACAGUGAUACUAAGAAUUUUUGAUGAAAUAUAUAGCUCUGGUAAUUUACAUUGAGCUUUUUACCGUUAAUCUAUAGCCAUUAACCAAAGCAAUCAUGUCAUUCACUAGAAACAUGUCUACGUGUUCUAAUAUGCAGAUGUAUAGCAUACCUGAAUGUUCCACAGAUGAUGAAACAUUUGAUGAGGAUUACUGUGAACCAAUACAUUUCACGACAAAAACCGAAUCUAAAUAUGUACAAAGAAAUCAUUCAUGUGAUGAUGAUCAUCAUUACUGUGAGCCAAUACAUUUUGCCAUAAAAAAUGAAAUAAGACCAGUGCCAAGAAAUAAUUCUUGUCCCUCAGCGAUAAAUAAACUAGAUAUCUCAGUCACCGCAUUAAGCUACAAAACUAUCAGUCUGAAAUCAACUGAAAUCACAGAAAGCAUUUGCAACUCAGAAGGAGAUUUAAAACAACUUUCAUCCGCUGCGAUUACUUUUACAGAAUCCGCCAGAAAAACUGAUAUCGGCUCUUCAAAAAGCGAUAACAAAUUUCAAUAUGCAAACAGUUCAACAUGUGAUAUAAAUAUCCAAAGGAUCCCGAAACCUUAUCUAAAAAAUGGAGAUUGCGAUUCGAGUAGGGAUGGAACUUAUGAAAAACUGUCACUAAAGCCAUUCAAUAGUAUUACAUCCUCUGAUCCGUUUCUAUCUGUUCCAAGUACUGAAGACAAACUGGUCAAUUCUUUUAGUUGUACGAAAAAAGAUGAAGUCAUUGAAAAACUUUCAUCUGAAAGUAAUACUACACUUUCUGUAACAGUUGAUAAGUAUUCUGAGCGAAGGCGUUCAGCGGCUGACAUAACCAUGCCAGUCCCACGUGGUCGUUCAGGUUCUAUCCAAUGGAUCCAGAACGUUAUACAGAACAUAGACAAUAGAUGCAGGAGUCUUUUGGAUCUAAGGAGGCCAAGUGAUAUUGCUGAAGAAGGCAUUCGUAACAGCAAAGAAUUACUAGAAGCGGAUCAAUCUGACGAAGUUUCAAAAGUUAAACAAAAUUCUGGUGCAAGUGGCAGACGCUAUAGUGAGAAUAUUAUUGGAAAACAGAAACGUUUUCCUUUUUCAUCUGGGAUAGGACAUCUCAAAGGUCUGUGGAAGGAAAAGAAUGAAAACAAAAAGCAUGAACAUAAAGAAAUCGAUGAAAUUAGAACGGAUGUAUGUCCUUUGUUCAAUUUUCCUACCAAAGGAGAUGAAGAUGAGCUAAUCCUUGAUGCGCUGCGUCAAGCCAUGCGAAAGUGUACCAGUCCUGAUCCAUCUGCGCGUCCCACAUCGAUUUCAGUCCUCGAACAGCUGUCCCAGAUAAUGAAAUAAAUUAUAGAAAAAUUAAGAG